GUGUGUGCGAGUGUGCGCGGACGCGCGCGGGCCCGGGAGGAGACUCCCGAGCGUGUGGGUCCCGGCGGCCGCAGCCCGCUCCCCCGCGGCCCCGAUGUGAGGGAAUCGGGGAGGCCAGCGGUGCGGCAGGGGGAGGGCGAGGCAUGUGCACGGGCCGGGGGGUCCAGCAGCCGCCCGAGGACGAGGGGGACGGCGGCGGCGAGGAGGAGAGCGGGGGGCUCGCGGCGGCGGGUCCGGGCCGAGGGGAUGCAGCGGACUGCGUGUGUCUGGCUGUAGCGGGAGCGAGGCGGCGACCAGGCGCGGGGGACCCGCGUGAGGGGCGACCAGGAGGCGGCGGCGGCGGCGAGGCGUAGCGGCGGGACCGGCGGCGAGGGCAGCACUGCCAUGCACGUUCCUCUCCCGCGGCCAUGUUAACCAGGAAACCUUCGGCCGCCGCUCCCGCCGCCUACCCGACCGGCCGAGGAGGGGACACCGCCGUUCGCCAGCUUCAGGCUUCCCCGGGGAUCGGCGCGGGGGCUCCCCGAAGCGGAGUGGGGACCGGCCCGCCCUCCCCCAUCGCCCUGCCGCCUCUCCGGGCCAGCAACGCUGCCACUACAGCCCACACGAUUGGCGGCGGUAAGCACACCAUGAAUGACCACCUCCACCUCAGCAGCCACAGCCACGGACAGAUCCAGGUUCAGCAGCUGUUUGAGGAUAACAGUAACAAAAGGACAGUGCUCACAACGCAACCCAAUGGGCUUACUACGGUGGGCAAGACGGGCUUGCCUGUGGUGCCAGAGCGGCAGCUGGAGAGCAUUCACAGACGGCAGGGGAGUUCCACCUCUCUGAAGUCCAUGGAAAGCAUGGGGAAGGUAAAAGCCAGCCCCAUGACACCCGAACAAGCGAUGAAGCAAUACAUGCAAAAACUCACAGCCUUCGAACACCAUGAGAUUUUUAGCUACCCUGAAAUAUACUUCCUGGGUCCAAAUGCAAAGAAACGCCAAGGCAUGACCGGUGGACCCAACAAUGGCGGUUAUGACGAUGACCAGGGAUCAUACGUGCAGGUGCCCCAUGAUCAUGUGGCUUACAGGUACGAGGUCCUCAAGGUCAUUGGGAAGGGGAGCUUUGGGCAGGUGGUCAAAGCCUAUGACCACAAAGUCCACCAGCACGUGGCCCUGAAGAUGGUGCGGAACGAGAAGCGCUUCCACCGGCAGGCAGCUGAGGAGAUCCGGAUCUUGGAACACCUACGAAAGCAGGACAAGGACAACACCAUGAACGUCAUCCACAUGCUGGAGAACUUCACCUUCCGAAACCACAUCUGCAUGACGUUUGAGUUGUUGAGCAUGAACCUCUACGAGCUCAUCAAGAAGAAUAAAUUCCAGGGCUUCAGCCUGCCUCUGGUGCGCAAGUUUGCCCACUCGAUUCUGCAAUGUUUGGAUGCUUUGCACAAGAACAGAAUAAUCCACUGUGACCUUAAGCCCGAGAACAUUUUGUUAAAGCAGCAGGGUCGAAGCAGUAUUAAAGUGAUUGACUUUGGCUCCAGUUGUUAUGAGCACCAGCGCGUCUACACGUACAUCCAGUCACGCUUUUACCGGGCUCCGGAAGUGAUCCUUGGAGCCAGGUAUGGCAUGCCCAUUGACAUGUGGAGCCUGGGUUGCAUCCUCGCGGAGCUCCUGACAGGUUAUCCCCUCUUGCCUGGGGAGGAUGAAGGGGACCAGCUGGCUUGUAUGAUCGAGCUUUUGGGCAUGCCGUCUCAAAAACUCCUGGAUGCUUCCAAACGAGCCAAAAAUUUCGUGAGCUCCAAGGGUUACCCCCGAUACUGCACUGUUACGACUCUUUCAGAUGGCUCUGUGGUCCUCAAUGGAGGCCGAUCCCGGAGAGGGAAACUGAGGGGUCCGCCAGAGAGCAGAGAGUGGGGGAACGCACUGAAGGGGUGUGAUGAUCCUCUUUUCCUUGACUUCUUAAAACAGUGUUUGGAGUGGGAUCCCGCAGUCCGCAUGACCCCGGGCCAGGCUUUGCGGCACCCGUGGCUUCGGAGGCGCUUGCCAAAGCCUCCAACCGGGGAGAAGACAGCGGUGAAGAGGGUCACAGAGAGUACUGGUGCUAUCACCUCCAUUUCCAAGUUACCUCCACCUUCCAGCUCAGCUUCCAAGCUGAGGACUAAUUUGGCACAGAUGACAGAUGCCAAUGGGAAUAUUCAGCAGAGGACAGUGUUGCCGAAACUCGUUAGCUGAGUGAGCUCCAGUCCCCUGAUGCUGGCAAUCUGAAAAACCGCGUCAUAGCUGAGCCUUACUGGGUUGAAAAAGUGUAGCUCAGACCUGUUUUUAUUUGCUCAAUAACUCGACUCAUUUGUAUCUUUUCAGCACUUGAUGUAAGACUGUUUUGUUUUUAUAAAAUACACGGGGACAAUGCUUUAAGUUUU